CUCGUUGAGAUAUUCUCUACCCUCAAACACCUCGCAUUCUGCGUGGUUAUGGCUCUCCUUUCCCCGGUCUAGGCUCACAAGGAACUCUCAUGUCCUACCUGAUGCCUCUGCUUUCAGUGGAGAAACUGCCAUUUCAACUCUGAAUACUUGCACUCACGGCCUAGUUGUGUUCCUCACGCUUCCUCAGACCCCCACACCACCCUCAACAAUCGAGUGAUCAUACCUGGAUCAAUUCUCGCGAAGGCCAAACAAAUAGCAUGGUCCCUGGCCGGAAAAAAGAGUCAGCGAAGCAUCAGAAUCCGUUCGAUGUGACACCAUUCUAGCAAGAUCUACUUCGGAGGCUGUGCUUAAGGUCGACUGAAGCGCAUGGCCUUACAAAGACAAUGGCACAACUACAUCUUUGUUGGCCUAUAUUUUCUCUUCUCGGCGUCGUUCUCGCAAUAUCCUCCACCUAUAAAUGAAUCUCAGGCUAGCAUUCCUUCUCCAAUCAAUCCGGACAUCACUAUUAGAUUCAAAAGUCCAUCUGUUGGCACAUGCACGACCGUCUUUGCCACCCAAAGACAGUUUACUGGGUACAUCAGUCUGCCGCCAAACGUACUGGACCCCAGCCAGGGAAAUUACAGCAUUAAUACCUUUUUCUGGUUCAUCGAAGCAAGACAGGUACCAGAAGCAGCACCAUUGACUAUCUACAUCAAUGGCGGCCCAGGCUCGAGCAGUAUGGUUGGUCUUUUCCAGGAAGUGGGCCCUUGUCAAGUUGUUGAGAUUGCGGAGGAAAAGUUGGGUACCAUCGCCCGUGAUUGGGGCUGGGAUCGAGGCAGUAACAUUCUCUUCAUCGAUCAACCUGUACAAGUUGGCUUCUCUUAUGAUACGUUAACGAACCUAUCCCUGAACCUGCUGGAUGAGGUGUUUGUCGACCAUCCCGCGCCAGUGCCCCUGACGCAACCAGAAUAUACAUUCCUCAAUGGCACAUUUGCCUCGGGCGAUCCGUCUUCCACAGCAAACACUUCACAGAUUGCCGCUCAGUCACUAUGGCAUUUCCUUCAGACAUUCCUGCCCUCAUUCCCGGAGUACAAUACAGCUAUGGGUUCGGAUAAGAAUAAAUCCAGCGCAGAAAUCCAUCUAUUUACCGAGUCAUUUGGUGGCAGAUAUGGACCUGCUUUCGGAGAUUUUCUUCAAGCGCAGAACGCUCGUAGGUUGACGGACGCCAACUUCGCAAAUAGCACGAUUGACAUCAGCCUUGUUUCUUUGGGCAUUAUCAAUGGUUGGAUCGACUUACUCGUCCAGACACCGUUUCACCCCAAGUAUGCUUAUGAGAAUACAUACGGCAUUGAAGCCAUAAGCCAACUAGAAGAACUCAACGCUCUGAGUGCUUACAACGGUGCCGACGGAUGCCAGCAGCGGACUUUAACAUGCAGGGCUCAGCAAGCGGCGCUUGAUCCUUCCAACCAAGGGAAUGUUGCUUCGGUGAACGACGCGUGUUCAGAAGCACAAUUGUACUGCGAGACCUAUGUCGUGGGCGCAUAUACCGUCUCAAACAGAUCGAUUUACGAUAUCUCACAGGAUAGGUUGGACCCAUUUCCAGACUCGUUCUACCUUGAGUAUCUCAAUCAGCUCUCCUUGCAACAGGCUAUCAAUGUCCCCGUCAACUAUACUCAAGACUCGCUGGCCGUAUUCUCGGCAUUCGCUUCAACAGGAGAUUAUGCGCGCAAUGGCAUCGUGCAGGAUCUGGUGAACCUUCUUGACUCUGGGGUCAGAAUUGCUUUGAUAUAUGGUGACAGAGACUACAUUUGCAACUGGUUAGGUGGUGAGGCUGCCUCUUUUGCCAUUGCCGGCGCUGCUGGAUCAUCGUACCUGCCCUGGUUCGCAGCUGGCUAUGCCCCUAUUGUGACAAAUGGCUCUUAUGUCGGCGGUGUAGUCCGACAGUAUGGGAACCUGAGCUUCAGCCGCAUCUAUGAUGCUGGACACUUGGUGCCAGCGUAUCAACCCGAAACGGCAUUUACUGUCUUUUCAAGAAUUAUUAACGGCGAUGAUAUCAGUAUGGGUAACCCAGCUGAUCUGUCCACAUAUCAGUCGACGGGGGACAGUAAUGCGACUUUCCAGAAUUCACCACCACCUAUGGCUGCUCCGACAUGCUUCAGGCGCGCUGUCAAUGAAACCUGCAACACUGAUCAGAAAAAUAUGCUGGCCAACAAGGCAGGUGUGCUCAUCAAUGGCGUUCUCUACGAUCAAGAAUCAGACUGGCAAUCGCCACCUCCGGAUGUGACCAGUGUUGCUGGAGUUCCCGGAACUGCGCCCAUCAGCAUCAUCACAGCUGUGCCCUCUUCUAGUUCUUCCUCCAGGCCCAUAGCGUCGAAGGCAUCUAUGUCGGAUCAUAUUGAUUCUAAGACUACAAAAGGGAAAACGACGACUACUCUACCGACCGGAGUGUAUACAGCCACAAAUGUCCCACCUACGUCCACCGCGGCCAGAAGCAGUGCUAGCUCUACCAGCGCUGCAUCGACACAAAGGCGGAAGGAUGCUUCUACUCCAUUCUCACUCCUAAGGACUAAUUCUCUUGGAGCAGUUGCUCUAGUGUAUAUUUCGGUUCUUGGAGUCUUGAGUGAUGGAAUCUUAGGUUAAUGCGUUGUACUCUGCAAAUACUGCUUACCGCUAGCUUCGUGAGUCGAGUGGAUUAGCUGGUCCAAGGAGCACUCAUGUAGGAUCGGUAUGCGACGGUGGGAUCUAGAUACAAUCCAACUGCAGGACAUCCUCGAAAAAUGUUACAAUAAUAAGCCUUCUCGAGUCAACAAUGUGACU